AUGCAGCGUAAAGCUUUAUCAGUCCGUGGAAAUAUCCGAACAAUAUCGAAACUGGGAGAAGGAGGAAAUCCACUGGAUAUCGAAUUGCGAACAUGCGAGACUCCUCACUCCACUCUUUUGUGCCGUAAUAGCAGAAUGCGACGAGGGCGAGAUCCCCAAUUAAGGCAGGAGGCGAAAGUGUGCAAGGAUGAGGCUGGAUGUCAAUUUACAACUUCUGCACCAGGGCUUAAGAGGGCUUUGAUUGCGCGAUUUGCUGGGGCUAGGUCCAAGAGGAGGGCUAAAAAGGGCAAAGUAGGGAAGAAGAAAAGACAAGAACAGGCGAGUAAAGAAAGCGCAAAAAAGGCAAAAUGA